AUGCUUUCUGAUCCAUACCCUUAUGAUCCUUUGGUUCCUGAAAUUACACAGGUCUACCACAAGGAUAGGAAACAUUGGGUUAGCCAAUUGCUGGAGUUAGCAUAUGGUUCCUCCUUUGGAGAUGCUGCUGCUAAUGAAGAAUACAGACAUAUGGGUGCCAAGGUUUAUGCAAAAUGUGUUUUGGCCUUGAAGAGACAAUUUCCUGUGGUUUGGUGUAACAACUGCCAAGUAUCAACUACUAUUGUUUCUGUGAAGCCAAACUUCCAAUACAGACGUGCUCAAAACCCUUCUGAUGAGUUCAUCUAUUUUCGUCCUAUUGAUCCAGUAAAGGCCAGAAGCAAAAAACAACAGAAACCAGAGAUGGCCUCCCACCAAGCCAGCGGUGAAGGUAUUCAUCAGAGGGACCUGGGUAUUAUCAGUCAGGUGGUAAUGAUUACCAACCCCCAACUAAAUAAAGAGUGAGAGAUCUCUGUCCUUGUAAGACCAAAAACUUCAGGGCUUCUUCACCUAGAGAAAAUAUCAAUUAAGUCUCCAGGGGUCCCAGAAUCUCAUCUCUUAGACAUUACAGGAAUUGACAGUCCAGAGGAAAGGGGGAAAGGCACAGCAACACUUGUUGCUGGUAUGCCUGGAAAGGGGGGGGGGCUAGAUGAUAAAGAAAUUCCAACAUUGAAAUUCACUGGGUUUAUACAUCUGGAGGCUUUAAUAAAUAAAUGUUCACCAUCCUCAGAAUACAGUCACCCACGAAGCCCAAGAAAUCUGUGGCUGGAAUCUACAGAAAAUGCAGAGUCCCCAGGAAGUGAUGAUUUGGAAGUAGCAAGAAGCAUGUAUCCUUUCAGAGAAAGAACCAUCUUUCGACGUUCCUGGGCAGAGCUCAUAGAAGCACCACUUAACAGCGAAGGACUCCAUAUUCUCCAAACUACUCCUACUGAAGAGACAGAGGUUGGGUACCUCCAGCUCCAACUAGAAAAGGAGAAUUUAGCCACUACCCCACACCUGGAUCAACAUUUCCAGGCUUUGCAAAGCCAUUUUCCCUUGCUUCCUCAGCAUCCUAAGCUCCAGAAGCAGAACAGUCAUAGCCUACCCCGUUAUGGUGAUGUCAGGAGCCGAAAACAAAAUGCACCUUCAUUUACAUUAAAUCCAGAAGAGAAACAGUUCUUCUUCCCAAGUGAUCACAAUUUACAAACAGGAAAAAAUACCAAGGAGAGAGAUACCAUGGAAGAAACCUGGCAAGCAAUUUUGACUCCUUCUAGAGAAAAUCUGCCUCACAAUCCCAGAUUUGAGAAUUCAGCAAUGCAUGGAAACAUUGAAAUUCCUGAAGAUAAUGCUGGACGUCCUGUGGGCAACAUUAUCAUUCCCAAGUAUAAUGUCAAUAGUUUCCCUGCAGUUAAUUUUGGCAUUUCGAUGGUUAAUUCUGAAGUUCUGUGGGGCAUUGGUGAUGUCCCUAUGGGUAAUUUUGAUGUUUUUGGAGGCAGUGCUGAAGUUCCUAGUGGCAAUCAUUUUGGAGUUCCCAUGGGUAAUCUUGAAACUUUUGGCCAUACUGUUGAUUCUUCCAGGUGCAUUAGAACCUCUCCACUUACUGAGCUUUCAAAGAUAGGUGAACACCAGUUAUAA